CGUUUUCACUCGAAUCAAGCUGAGGUGUCCAUUGAAAAGUCGGAACUUGUUUUUUUCGGGAGUUAAAUUGUGAAACCUCGCUGAAACUCGACAAAAUGGCAGACGACAACAGUUACGAGUCGAUGCUGUGUGUAAAGCCGGAGGUUCACGUCUACCGGAUCCCGCCGCGGGCUUCCAACCGCGGAUAUCGUGCUGCUGACUGGAAGCUGGAUGAACCUGCAUGGAGCGGGAGGAUGAAAAUCACUGCCAAAGGCAAGCUGGCCUACAUUAAGUUAGAGGACAAAAACACAGGAGAGUUGUUUGCACAAGCUCCAGUCGAACAGUAUCCAGGGUGUGUUGUGGAAUCAGUCACAGACUCCAGCAGAUACUUUGUGAUCCGGAUAGAAGAUGGCAACGGUCGUCAUGCUUUUAUCGGUCUCGGUUUUGGUGAUCGCGGAGACUCGUUUGACUUCAACGUAGCUUUACAAGAUCACUUUAAGUGGGUGAAGCAAGAAGGCGAGCUCGCGAAACAGGAAGCGUCUGAGAGCACAGCACCGAAGUUGGACCUCCGCUUCAAAGAGGGACAAACUAUCAAGAUCAGCAUUGGGCAAAACAUCAAGAAGAAGGAGGCAGGUGGUGCCAAAUCGCGGCCCAUGGCUAUGGGUCUACUUCCACCCCCACCUGCUGGAAAGGUUGGAGGGGUAAUACCACCUAGUGUGGAACAGCCCACAGUGUCGACUGUACAGUCUACCGCUGCCUCUCUUUUAGACUUCGGGUCCCCUGGCCCUUCAGCCCCGCCCAGCGCCGACGUGUGGGGGGAUUUUACAUCUGCAGGCGCCAACUCCAGUAAAGAUGCUGUCCAAUCAGGAUGGGUGCAGUUUAGUUGAGUGGUGAGAAAACGUCCACCCACUCGGGCUCCAUACAUUCCAUGGACAUGAUGAUUGGAAAGAAAGGAACUGUUAGAAAACUUGUCUGGCUCUUUUAUUCUGGCUGCACUUGUUCACUCAAGAAUAUUUUCUCAUUAAAUGUAGCUGGCUGACCAGCACACUUUUGAGGAGCAAACAGUACAUAUUUUUUUACAAUCAUUUUGUGGGAACUUUUUUGUUUUAAUUUAAAAGUCAUCAGGACUCAACGUCAUUGUUGGAGUUUCUGCUCUCCAGAAGACGGGUGAGCGUGUUGAUUGUUUGGAGAUACAAUUGUUUUUUCACUAAACGGAUAAAAAAAAUGUAUCAUUUGCCUUAAAUUUAAUGUUCCCUGGUUUUAUAUUGAGUUUCAAGCUCUAUCAAUGCUAUCUGUCCUGGAUCUUUUUUGAUUGUGUUCCAUCGUGCUACGAUUAUCGUUAUCUCAUUACAGAAGCUCCACGCAUCUCAAGGUUCUUUUUACCAUUUAGGGAGAGUUACUUUAUACUUUGAAAAUAUCUAUGUUUUGUUGAGCUUUAUAGCAGUUUAGUUGUUUUUUCUGUUUCCACUUUUUUUUUAGAUUUGGUUUUAAGAGAUCCGGCAAUUGUUAUAUGCUGAUUCGCUGUCAUUAACUAUACCCGGGUUGUUUUAAUCAUUGUGGUGGAAAAGUCAUGAUGUCCAUUUCAUGUCUGCCAUUCAAAGUUUGAACAUGUUUUCAUUCUUUUUUGUCUUUGUGUCAGCAUUUCAUAUUUGUCUUUGUCUGGUGUGAUGCUUUUAAAAACUUGCCCAGUUACCAAACAGAAAUGUCCUCAGUCUUGUUGCUAAUUGGCAUCAAGUGUUUGAUUAAGUGCCUUUCAGAAAAAGAUCUAAAAUGUAAACCGAAGUCUUGUAAAUAAACAAUAUAUUUCAUUGA